AUGGCGGACCCAGACGCCCCCUCUCCGGAUGCCCCUAAGAACCGCAGCUGGCUGCACUGGCUCGUCGUCAACUGCCGUGCAGGGGAGGUUGGAGGGGGCAACGGGGACGUGCUUUGCCCCUACAACGGGCCCACGCCCCCCAAAGGCACGCACCGCUACGUGUUUGUGUUGUACGAGCAGCCAGGUGGCGCAAAAGUGAAAGCCGCCAACCUCGACAACCGCGGCAAGUUCAACCCUGCGGAGUGGGCGCGUCAGCACGUCGGCACCGACUCGCCUGCCGCCGCCACGUUCUUCCUGGCUGCCCACGAGGGCUGA